AUGGCUGGGAUGGUGGCAACUGCUGAGCUAUGUGACACAAACGCAGGGCUUGUGGGAAGUGGUGAGGUGAGAAUCAUGGAGCCAGUGUUCAAGAUGUACGGACAGAGGAGAUCAUUCUCAGGUCCCAUAAUGACUGUGAAGGUGUUUGAGGACAACACCCUUGUGAGGGAGGCACUUGAGACCAGAGGAGAUGGGAGGGUGCUGGUGGUCGAUGGUGGGGGCAGCCUGCGUUGUGGGAUGCUGGGUGGCAACCUGGCUCUGCUGGCUCAUGACAUGGGUUGGUCUGGGAUUGUGCUCAAUGGUUGUAUCAGAGAUGUGGAUGAGAUCAAUGGUUGUGAUAUUGGUGUUAGAGCUCUCAAUUCUCAUCCUCUUAAGUCCUUCAAGAGAGGUGUUGGUGAGAAGCAUGUUCCUCUUCAUAUUGCUGGUGUUUUUCUUAGGGAUUCUGAGUGGUUGUAUGCUGAUGCUGAUGGCAUUCUCAUCUCCAACACUGAGCUCUCUCUUUAAUUCAAAACUCAACACAUGUAUGUCUAUGAAUUCAAUUGAAUAGACUACAAUGCUUGUUUCUUUCUUUCUUUGUUUUUGGUUUAUCAUAAUAAUAUUAAUAAUAAUAGCUACAAA